AGGUGCUGCCAGCUGCGUCGCCGUGCCUCCUCGUCUCGGGGCUAGUGCCCCUGAAGGAAACUCGGAAGCGGGGCCGCGAAACGCCCGUGGAGCUCGUCGUUCACGAGGACGCCGACUCGGCGAAGCUGGACAUGGAGGAGGCCGACGCGGCGAAGCCUGACGUGGGGGCCAUCUCCGAGGCCGACACGGCUUACGCCAGCGACGGGCAGGACAUCUCGGGGGGCCAGACCAGCGACGAACACGAGAAAGGCAACAGCAGCGAGGAGGGCGAGGGCGCCGACAGUGGCGUUCGCAAGAUGCUCGUCCUGACGCCGCGGCCUGCACCGGUGACUUCGUUGAGGACGCUGGCCACCGUCCCUGCCGCACCGCAGGCGGCGGUCAGCCUGCUUGCCGGCGGCCUCUGCAGCCCCUCCGAGGAACGACAGAGUGUCCUCACGGGCGGCCUCUGCGACGUGGGCGAGGAUCAGGAGAAUCAGAGCCCGCUGAUGCAGGGCCUCACUCGUAGCAUCAAGAGCCAGGCCAUCCCGCUGGCCAAGAAGCUUAGGGAGAGGCAGAAGCGGCUCUCCAAUGACGCUUGCGACAGCGACGCGAGCGACCGGCCUUCGGCACCCACCAGCGCGGGGUCCUUACAUGUCUUGUGCUGAGGAGGACCGAUGAUGCCGUUGGCGCGCAUUUAGCGCGCUCAGGUACCUGAAGUUGCAUGUGGUGUGAGGGGUUUUCGGGGGGGG